AUGGAAGCGAACAACAAUACUGGUGAAAACUCUACUGCUAUUAAAACCAUUACUGAAAAAAUGAAGGAUACCUCUAUCAGAUCUUCAAGAGUUGUUAUAGGUUCUGCAAGGAAUCUAAAUGUUGUUGCAUCUGCUUGGUCUUUCAGUUUGAUUGGUAAGCUGAUAACUAAGAAAGAUGAUACUGAAAUUACUGAUAUCAAAGAGGAACUUAAUAAAGCUCCAUGGAAUAUUCAAAGAUGCUUACUAGCCCUACAAGAAUAUACAACAGCGGUGGCGUAUUCAGAUUAUGUAUUCAGGAAGCAACCCUGGAGUGUACAAUUCAAAGGAUUGUUGUUGGAACACCAUGAUGAAGUUGUGGUGAAUGAAGCGAUAGAAGAUCUGGGAAAGAAAAUUUCUACGGUACUGAAAAAUUGUAGACCUCGCUCAGGAAACAUGAUAACUGCGCGUAUUGAAAUCAAUUUGUCAGAGCCUUUGAAGAGAGGAGAAUGGUGGAAUUCAAAUCAUGGAGAACCGGUGUGGAUUCGAUACCAUUGGCUCAAACAGCCUCAUAGCUUGUGUGACCAAUGUUACAUUAUAGACCAUGAUGAUGCAAUCUGUGAAGAAGUCGUUGAGUUAUUACGAGAAAGGGCAAUGACUGUGGAAGAAUAUGAGGAGCAUCAAAAAUCCAAAGAAUUUGCUGAGAAAAAAGGAAAAGAUUCUGGAGACGAAACGAUGAGGAAUGAGAAGGAGGGGGAUAAUAUGACAGAAGCAGAAGAAGAAAGGAUGACAAAAAGAGCUAGAAAUCAACCUGUUCAAGACAAUGACUCAAACCCGUCAAUUCAUGGUCCCAUUUUAGCUGUUCAUGGUGGAGCUAUGAGUGGUAUUUCCAACAACACACAUCCUGAAGUAAUGGAUGGGGUCGAAACUGGAGGGAGCCAACAACAAUAUACUGACGCAAGGAAGAAUCUCAUGCAUAAUCCAGAGAGCCAUGCAACUGAGGUAAUCAACCACAAGCACUUAAAUUUAUAUUUGGUUCUUCGUUCUUUUAAUUCUUUCUACUUUAGUAAGUCUACUUGUCUCUUGUAUUUCCAUAUUAGAACUGCCCUUACUAUCAAUCAUUAUCAUCAUAAUAGUUUGAAUAGUUUUGAUAUUGAAAAUAUGAGGAUUAUCGCUUGGAAUUGUCAGCGCUUUGCUGACAAAAAACCUAGAGAUCAUCUUAAGGACCUUAUUUCUAGGUAUAACCCUGAUGUUAUCUUCAUCUCAGAGGAAAAACUAGGAGAAGCUAAAAUGCUUAAACUAGUCAUACCUUAUAAUUUCCCUAAUCAUAAACUUAUAUCCUCAAGAGGUUUAGCUGGAGGCAUUAUAUUGUUAUGGAAGGACGGCUUCUCUUUUAAUAUUAUCAACUGCGACUCUUGGAUUAUUAACUGUUCAGUGCAGGACGAUCCAUCUAAGCCAACAUGGCUUCUCACUUGUAUGUAUGGGUCUCCUUACCCUAAUAACAAAGAAAAGAAGUGGAGAUAUAUCAGAGACUUAAGUACUUCAGUUCAACAACCGUGGGUCAUAAUUGGUGAUCUGAAUCUAAUUUUCCAAAGUGAGGACAGAAUUUCUUCUAACAAUAUAAGCAGAACUACUUCUUCUUCUUCUCCGUCUUAUACUUCUUCCUCAAGAGAUGCACCUUUCAUCAGUUUGAUUCGAGAAGCUGGCCUGGAUGAUAUGAGUUAUACGGGAAAAUAUUUUACUUGGUCUUCUAAUGUACAUGGGACGGGAAUACGAAGAUCCAGACUUGAUAGAGCACUCACCAAUGAUGAAUGGGAUAUCUCUUUUCCUGACGCAAAAUUAAUUCAUCUUCCGCAAUAUGGCUCGGAUCACUGCCCCAUAAUGCUCGAUUCUUCACAUGAUGAUGGUGACAGAAAACGUAAUUGGAAGUACUUCCAAUGUUAUGAAAGGGAUGAUUCUCUAAAACCAGAAAUUGAAGCUGCGUGGAAUCAUCCAAUUAAUGGUUCAGAUGCUUAUAAGGUCUCACAAAAGAUGGUUAUCACUAGAAGAUAUGUCUCAAAGUGGAAUAGGGAGCAGUUUGGCAAUAUUCGGAGUAAUAUCUUUCUUCUACACCAACAGAUGGAAGUUAUUCAAGAAGAGAGUCCUAACAGUUCAUCUACGAGUCAAGUGUUAGCUCUGGAAAAUCAGAUAGAACAUUGGCACCAAAUACAAAACGAAUUUUGGGGUCAAAAAUCUAGGGAUGAGUACUAUCGAGAAAUGGAUAGAAACACUAAACACCAUCAUGCUAGGGCAAAUAAAAGAAGAUCUAGAAACAAUAUCAUGGCCUUAAAAGAUGAAGAUGGAAACUGGUGUACAUCUAGAAUGGAAUUGGAGAACUUACUGACUGAGCAUUAUGGUAAGCUUCACACUACCUUCUCUCCAGUUAAGAAUGAUCACUUCUUACAAUGUAUUCCACAGGCAAUCACAGAGGCUGACAACAAUGAGUUAACGCGCAUACCAGAUGGAGCAGAAAUCUACAAAGCUCUGAAAGGAAUGAAAUCAUGA